AUGGCCGCCUCCCUGACAAACAACACAACCUACCUCUCCCACCUCCCCACCACCGCCUCACUCCCACCCUCCGCCAUCCACCUCCUCGACACAGCCAUAAUCUCCUUCAACAAGAUCCCCGGCUCCGCCAUCCUCCUCCGCUACAUCCGCUCAUCCUACCAAAACGACCCCAUCCGCUCGCUCGUCGAACUCUUCCUCGUCAUCUUCGCCGUCCGAUACCUCCUCGCACCAGCCUAUAGCACGAAGAAAGUGAAGAACGUGCCGUUGACGGAGGAGGAGAUCGAUGAACUGGUUGACGAUUGGACUCCCGAGGCUCUGACGAGCGAGCAGACGGACUUUGAGAGAUUGGAGGGCGAGAGGAGACCCGUGAUUGUUGGACCAGCGGGGCCGAAGGCGAAGUUAGCGGGGAGUGGGCGGAUGGUGGUGAAUCUGGCUAGUUAUAACCAUUACAACUUUGCUGAUAAUCCGGAUCUGAAAGCCAAGGCUAUUCAGACCGUGAGGACGUAUGGAGUUGGUCCUUGCAGUCCGCCGGGUUUCUACGGGACGCAGGAUGUGCAUAUGAAGAGCGAAGCCGAUAUCGCCAUGCAUUUGGGCAUGCCGGCUUGUAUCAUCUACGCGCAGAGCUUCAGUACGAUCUCCUCGAUGCUGCCGGCUUUUAGUAAGAGGGGUGAUGUUAUUGUGGCGGACAAGGCUUGCAAUUUUCCUAUUAGGAAGGGGUUGCAGAUUUCGAGGAGUACGGUUAGGUGGUUUGAGCAUAAUGAUAUGGAGGAUUUGGAGAGGGUAUUGCAGAGGGUGGUGAAGGAGGGUCAGGGGAAGCCGUUGACUAGACGUUUUAUUGUUACGGAGGGGUUGUUUGAGUGUGUGGGUGAUAUGGUCGAUCUGCCGAAGCUGGUGGAGUUGAAGAUGAGGUAUAAGUUCCGGAUUAUUCUGGACGAGACGUGGAGUUAUGGUGUUCUAGGCAGGACAGGGCGAGGUGUCACGGAGCAGCAGAAUGUGGAUCCGAUGCAGGUCGAUAUGAUAGUGGGUGGUCUUGCUGGUGCGCUUGCAUCAGGAGGUGGAUUCUGUGCGAGCUCGAAGGAAGUGGUGGAGCAUCAGCGGUUAUCGGCUGCGGCUUAUACUUAUUCGGCUGCGUUGCCAGCGUUGCUUGCGACGACGGCUAGUGAGACUGUAGCUCUGUUGCAGGAACGGCCGGAGUACAUCAUGAAUUUACGGGAGAAUACGAAGGCUAUGCGAGGCCAGCUCGACCCGAGGAGCGAGUGGAUCCGCUGCACUUCUUCACCUGAAAAUCCAGUCCUCAUACUAGUGUUCAAGGACCAACAUAUUCAAGACCGAGGACUCACGAUUGCAGACCAGGAGUCGGUUCUCCAGGACUGCGUGGAUGAAUCGCUGGCAAAUGGAGUGCUGGUUACCAGACUAAAGAGUAUGCCUGUACCGCUUGGUGUAAGCGGCAAGGAUGCAGCGAAGGAGUGGCGGCCGCGACCAGGUCUCAAGGUCUGUGUGAGCUCUGCGUUGUCCAAGAAGGAGACGGAGGCUGCUGGGAAAGUGGUCAGGCAUGCGAUCACAUCUGUCAUGAAGGGGAGGAAGUGGCAGAGUGGGCGCGCGGGACAAUAA